AUGGAUAGUUUCCAUGCUUGCUUAUUCAACCCUACUUUUCACCUUAACAUUUUGCCCUUUCUGGUUUUGGCCUUUUCAUAUCUUUCUGUCACUGCGAAAUCAUGCAUCGAGGAAGAGAGAGGAGCACUUCUCAGCUUUAAACAACACCUCACCGAUCCGUCCGGUAGGCUUUCUUCUUGGGUCGGUCACGAUUGCUGUCAAUGGGAAGGGAUUUCGUGCGACAACCGCACUGGUCACGCUACAAAAAUUGACCUCCGUAAUACUUAUCCAGGUCGGUUGGGAGGUGAUGAAGAGUGGGACGAGUCAGCUUAUGAAGGGUCUUGGUUGGCAGGUAAGGUAGCUUCAUCCUUGCUUAUCUUGAAACAUUUGAGCUACCUAGACCUGAGUUACAAUAAUUUCCAAGGGAUUCACAUUGUUUGUCAACUUCGAACUUUGAGAUAUCUCAACUUGUCAUCUGCAUCAUCUGGGGGAGAAUCUGAAUUUCCCAAAAGCAUUUUCAACCUUUCUAACCUCAAAACACUUGACCUAAGUGGAAAUUCUUUCACCGGUCGUUUUCCUCCCCAACUUGCAAGCCUCGAAUCUCUGAAACACCUUGAUUUAUCUGAGAAUCACCUCAAAGGUAGAAUUCCCAAACUCCUUGGACACCUUUGCAAACUAAAGACCUUAAACCUCGCUGUCAAUGAAUUUGAUGGGGGGAUUCAAGAGCUUUUGAGUGGUUUCUCAAAUUGCACAAAUAACAGAUUAGAGUCACUAGAUUUGUCUUUCAAUGAGUUUGCAACAGAAUUGUCUGACUCCUUAAGAGUUCCAACAAACUUGCAGUACCUUGACCUCGAAGCCAACUGGUUUUGGGGCUCUUUUCCAACUUCUUUUGGAAACUUGUCAUCCUUGAAAAGUCUUAACCUUAUGGGCAAUAACAUGAGCGGAUCUAUUCCCGAAAGUUUAGGCCAACUCUCUGAGCUAGUUGACCUAGAUUUGUCUGAGAAUUCUUGGGAAGGCAUUUUAACAGAAACUCAUUUGAUAAAUCUCACAAGACUGCGAUCUAUUGUUCUGUCCACGGAUGGAGCUAUGCCGCUCAUUUUCAAUGUGAGUCAUGAGUGGGUUCCCCCCUUCCAGCUCCACAAAAUUUCCAUUAUAAAUUGUAGUGUAGGUCCUGACUUUCCUGUAUGGCUUCAAUCUCAGACUGAGCUGCUUGAUGUCACCCUUAGUAGCACCAGAAUCUCAGAUUCUAUACCAGAAGAAUGGUUCUUGAACUUAUCUUCCAAAGUUGAAAAUUUGGAUUUAUCUCACAACCAAAUCCGUGCAAAGCUUCAAUCCCAACUCAAAUUUCCAAAUUUAUAUUAUAUGGAUUUGAGUCAUAAUCAAUUUGAAGGUCCACUCCCUCUUUUAUCUUCUGAUGCCCAUGUCCUACAUCUCAAAAGUAAUAGUUUUUCCUUCAAAUUUCUGAUGCCAAUUCCUUCAAAUUUCGGACAACUGAUGCCCAAAUUAUCAUAUUUGAAUCUUGCGGAGAAUCACUUGAAUGGUACAAUUCCAUCCUCUCUAUGCAUCAUGCAAACCUUGCUACACCUGUCCCUAAGGAGCAAUCAGUUAUACGGAGAAUUCCCGGAAGCAUGGAGUGUGUGGCAAAAUAUAAUGGUUGUUGAUGUGGCAGACAAUAACCUCUCUGGUAAUAUUCCGAGUUCAGCAGGUGUCCCGAGUUCUCUACGUAUAUUGAAGAUGAACAACAACAAUUUUGGCGGGAAAAUUCCUUUCGAGUUGAAAAAUGCAACUUCUUUGAGCAGUAUAGAUCUUGGAGGCAACAAAUUUACCGGAGGUGUUCCUUUAUGGAUCGGAUCAAACUACUCCAAGUUGUCUACUCUGCGUUUGCACUCCAACUUUUUAAGUGGACAUAUCCCGCGCAAUCUUUGCAAUCUUCCCUACCUUCACAUCCUGGACCUUGGCCAUAACAAUCUUUCAGGGACUAUUCCCAAGUGUUUGAAGAAUUUGACUGCUUUGACUUUCUUUCCAUAUAAUAAUUAUACAGUGCCUUCAUAUGAUGAGGUGCAAACAACAGUCACGACGAAAGGAAGCGAACUCGUUUAUUACGAGACUGCUUUGAGAUGGGUGUAUAGCAUUGAUCUUUCAUCAAAUAAUUUAGAAGGCGAAAUUCCGGAAGAAAUGACCAGCCUCAUUGCAUUGGGGACCUUGAACUUGUCAAGAAAUCAGUUAAGGGGAAACAUUCCCUCAACUAUUGGAAAUUUGCGUUGGUUGGAAACUCUUGAUCUCUCACACAAUCGCCUUUCGGGACAAAUUCCACAAAGUUACUCCUCUUUAUCGCUCUUGGCUCAUGUGAACUUGUCUUUCAACAACUUGGCCGGAAGAAUUCCGUCGGGCAACCAACUUCAGACGCUCGAGGACCCAUCCAUUUAUGAAGGCAAUUCAUUACUCUGUGGGGUUCCUCUUUUAACCAAGUGUCCGGGAGAUGAAACACCGCCUUUUCGCCCUAGUGAUGCAGGAGAUAAUAAAGAUGAAGAUGAUAACGGAAGGCUUUGGCUCUAUGUCAGUAUCACACUCGGCUUCAUCAUAGGUUUUUGGGGAGUUUGUGGCACAUUAAUCGUAAAGAAGUCAUGGAGAUAUGCCUAUUUUCGUUUCUUUGAUGAUAUGAAAGAUAAAGUAGCAUUAGCAAUUGUAUUGAAAGUGGCUCGGUUGCAAAGAAAAAUUUGA